GGUUUAUUGAAAGCUCUGGCUAUAGGUAGUUACACUCAGUUUUUAAACCAUGAAGGUCUUAGUCUUAUUUCUAUGCAUGGUGGUACUCUCUGUAGCUAAUGCAAAGCCAUCACCGGAAGACAUAGAACUAGUAUUUUCUGACAGAUCGAUAGAAGGGGCAAGCAGCGAAUCUAAAGAAGAAUUUGAGAAAAUAGUAGCCGCCGCAUCCCCAGGUGCAGCGAGAAGAACUCGAGACACAGAAGAUUGGUAUUUAGAGUGCAUGUGCUCUUUUAAUUCGGAAGAGAGUUCAAGCAGCGAGCCGGGAGAGUUCUACUUCUGCCCGUGUUCUUCUGAAUCGGAAGGAGAACCACAAAAAUAACUAAUUUUUGAUCCGCAACCAGUGAUUUGCUCUAAUUGGCAAAAGAGAAAAUGAGAACUUAUAACAUUAUGUCCUAGCAUAUGGAAU